GAAGUGAGGUUAUGUGUGCUGAAAGCUGCCUGAAAAAGUAUUUGUUUUGGAGGAUUUGUCUCCCAAAGUUCUAUCCACUAGUUCCCCCCCAAAUGCCUGAAGUAUGUCCGAAGAAGAGGAUGUCAAAAUAGUGUCUGUGCACUCAGGGUUUGAUGCAAUACCGCCAGAAUUGUGUCGUUUGUGUGCAAAAAGAAUCCAAGGGGAAGCCACAUCAAUAUUUGACGAUAGUCUCCAUGAAUCCUUGGAAGAAUUCCUCGGUAUUAGCAUUGGUGCAUCGGAUGUGUGGCCCAAGAGUGUAUGCCAAAAGUGUGUCAAGAAGGCUACAAAAACGAUAAAGUUUGUCCGGAGCAUCCGGAAAAGUGAAGAUGUCUUUAAGAAUUUGUACGGAGCCAAUGGGCCCGUAGUGGAAUUUGUUGUUACUGAAGUCGCUGGUGGGGUUCAGCAGGAUUUCGAUGAGGAUAGCGGUGAAGUGGAAGUGAUUUCUGAUGAUGAAGUCUACAUGGAUGACUCUGUAGUCGUGAAGGAGGAAAAUGAGGUAUUUGAGGAUCCUGGAGUAUCACAACUCUACCAUAGACUAGCAGAAAAUCAACCAGAUGCUUAUCCGAGGCAGAAUUAUGAGAUUGCGAUGCAGAAUGAAGAGAACUAUGAAGAGGAAGUCCUUCCAGCUGCCCUGGCGCCUCGACGACGGUACAAAACUGAUGAGGAUUUUCGACGUGUGGAGGCAUAUUACAACCUUUCCUGCACUUACUGCUUCAUCCGCUUCCUCAGACUCAAGGAACUGCGAGCACACUACCGGGAGAUGCAUCAGCAGGAAGGCUAUGUUUUGUGUUGCGGCAAGAAACUCUUUAGACUCACGUACAUGCUGGAUCACAUGGAGUACCACUCCAAUCCGGAGGCAUUCAAGUGUGACCAGUGUGGGAAGUGUGUAGACAGUCAGCUUCAUCUGCGUACCCACCAGCAACAGGCCCAUCCGGGCAUCUACAGUCGACGGAAGAAAGUGAUUGAACGCCUUUCGGAAGCCACAAAACAAUCUCGCUUCACUUGUCCCUACUGCCACAGGGAAUUUGACUACAAGUGCGCCAUGGACAGGCAUAUUACGCAGCUGCAUCAGGGAGGUACUUUUGAUAUUUGUGGAGUGUGCAACAAGAAAUUCAAGUGUCGAAUCUCGUAUCAGAGGCACAUCCGGUCCCACAUGAACUUGCCCCCUCAGGAAGGUUUAAUGGAUGAGAAUGACCAAUUUAUGAUUAUCAAUUAAGCCUGGCGUGGUAAGUCAUCCUCCAUAUUUCCAUGAUUAAUCCUCCUCUUAGAUCAAUUGUCCCCUAUUCCGAAAUCCUCAGAUUCCCGGAGCACUCUUGUAAUGCUCUGAAGGUGAAUUUGUAUCUCCCAAUUUGAGCAAAAUUGAUCUCACCGAAAAAGAGGCAUUUAGCACUGAAUUCAGGCGCAUGAAGAGGAUAAAAAUAUCUUUCCAUUGAUUUGUUAUUUUUUUAAAUUUUUAUUUUCUAUAUAGGGUAAUUGUACCAAAUUCCGGCCAGCUUGCAAUUUCCAAUGCUAUGUGUACAUUUUUAUUAAUUUUAAAAUGUAUUAAGAAUGAUUUUAAAGAAAAUAAAGACGAUAAACUGUCUACAAGGUUCCAAGCAACGCUCCUUAUAAAAAGUAACAAAAAUAUUCAAUUUGUAUUAAAAAUAUUACAUUUCAAACUUAAGACUUUGGCGCUUGCAUGCAACUAUGCCGAAAUUUGGCACAUUUACCCUAAUUUAAUGAGAUUUGUAAAUUUUUAAAUUUAAUUCUGAUAAUAAUUAACCAAAUUUUAUUUUUUAUUCAUUGAAAAAAAAAAUAUAGUGUUUAUCUGAAUUUUAAAAAUAAGGUAGAGUGAAUUCUUUUGGCUAUCUAAUCUAAAAUAAAAUUAGAAAAAAAGAAUUAUAAAAUCGUGCAACAACGAAAUGAGUUGUAUUUCACUUGUUUUAUUUAUUUUUAUUUAAAUAAAAUUUAUUUUAAAACAUGUGGCCAAAUGAACUUGCUCCACCCUAAAAGGAAUUUUUAACAAUUUUUACUAAUAUAAAAUUUCAGUUCAUUAUCAAUUCUAAUAAUGAGAAAAAUAAAGAGGUUUUUAUAAAUUGUUGAAUAACAGAUCAAUAAUUCCUGGCGCAAAAAAAAUUAGAACACAAAAAAAUAUUAAUUGAAUAAAUAAAUUUGAUAAAAU